UGUUGGGAGGAGUGAAGAACAUGUGUGUCACGUGUUUACUGAGGAUGUAUUAACCACACCCAGAGUGACUCAAAUAACACUCACCAUCACCAGCUGACACUUACUACCUCACACUGACACUGUCAGUAAGUGUUGUCAGCUGCCAGGAAACACACCAACACUGACAUCAAGUAUUGCGCCUACACUUCAGAACACUACUAACCCGUCACUACUGUUAACUAACAAGACUCUCCUUGUUGUCAACUACAAAAGCAUUUCAAUUAGUUGACAAUGUAUGUCACAUUAACUCCAUGUAAGACUACCAUCAUCUUACUGUAACUCAUACCAUGAACCUCACCAUCACUAACAUCAACUGACAGCUUCUACAUCACUAACAUCAACUGACAUCACUACCACAUUGUAGUGUUAUCUACAUAAAAGAAAACUUCAUGCUGCUGGCAAGUGGAUGGGAACACCAUGAAUUUCCAGCUGUGGCUGUUGCUGGUGUUAACUUCAAUAUAUUCUGGCUGGUGUGUGAGGAUCCAGUCAGAAAACUACAAUCCUGAUAUUGAUCUGGAUGUUCCUGGUCUGAUCAACAAAUAUGGAUAUCCAGUAGAAAUACACACAGUAACAACUGAUGAUGGUUUUAUACUGACACUACAUAGAAUUCCCCAUGGUCGUGUGGGAACCCGUUCAGAAAACGAAAUACAAACAAGAGAGCCGGUGUUGAUGCAGCAUGGAUUGUUAGCAUCGUCUUGCAGUUGGAUACUAGCUUCUCCAGAAAAGGCACCAGCAUAUAUCAUGGCAGAUGCAGGCUAUGAUGUGUGGCUUGGAAAUGCCAGAGGAAACCGGUAUUCAAGAGCUCACACUCGUCUCUCACCUGAUGAAGAAAAGUUCUGGGACUUUAGCUGGGAUGAAAUGGCAUCUCUUGAUAUCCCUGCAGUCAUUGAUUACAUCCUGCUCACAACUAAACAUCAGCAGCUGUAUUAUAUUGGACAUAGUAUGGGAACAACUAUUUUUUUUGCAUGCAUGGCUACCCAAACAAAAUAUCAAAGUAAAGUGAAGGCCAUGUUUGCCUUGGCUCCUGUUGCCAAUGUGUCAUACAUCAAGAGCCCAAUCAAGUAUCUUGCUCCAUUUGCUUCAGUUAUUGAGAAACUUAUGGAGUUGCUUGGAGAGUACGAGUUUCUUCCACAUAAUGAUAAUUUUACCAAGUGGAAAGAAUACGUCUGUACAACUUAUAACUUUGAAGAACUUAUGUGCAGAAAUGCUAUUUUUUUCUUGACUGGAUUUGAUGCUCCACAGUUUAAUUUGACUUGGUUACCUGUCAUUCUCAGCCACAACCCUGCGGGCACAUCUGUCCGAACUGUGGCUCAUUAUGCUCAACAGUAUAAUGAUGGGAAAUUUGAGCAUUAUGACUUUGGAAAAGAAGAGAACAUGAGACGAUAUCACCAGACAACACCACCUCUGUAUUAUCCAACACGUAUCAAAGUUCCAGUUGUCCUUAUGUCAGGAAAAAAUGACUUUUUAGCUGAUCCCAAGAUGAUUGACAUGCAGUCCAAGAUCAGUCAUUAUUUCAAGAAAGCCAGUGCCAUGCAAGAUAAACAAGUGCAUCUUCCUCAUUCCUUGCCCCCUAGUGAUUCCACAAGCAUCCUUGUAUUUGUAUGCUGCUUGAGGUUAUUUAUAGUCAUAACUGACAGAAUGAGUCUUAGCAACUUACUCAUGGAUGUUUUGAGACAGUUAGUUAGUUUAAUAUGUUUAUUAUGCACCCCAUACCCAUCCUGUGGGCAGUAGUCAAAAGAUUACAGAGGUACAUAAUGGGUCCAGGGACUGGGCCUCAAAGUUUUGAUGGCUGAGCAAGUUACAGAGGUAAUGAAUUCACAAUUUACAAAGGUAAUGAACUCACAAUUUACAAAGGUAAUGAACUCCAGGUAGGUCUAGUUACAAUCAUGACAAGUUACAAAGGUAUUAACAGAUUAUAGAGGUACACAAUGGGUCCAGGGACUGGGCCCCAAAGUUUUGAUGGCUGAACUAGGUACAAGGUAAUGAACUCACAAGUUACAAAGGUAAUGAAUACUGUAAGAAUGGUUACUUGCAUUUAUACAUGGCUACAAUCAUGAACAAAUUUUAGAGUAAUGAGCAAUUCAAACUUCCACACCCAGUCACAACUGUAGUGAGUUAUUGGUGCAAAUAUUGAUUGUUGAGUCACACACACACACUCCCACACACACACACACACACACACACACACACACACACACACACACACACACACACACACACACACACACACACACACACACACACACACACACACACACAUACACGCACACACAAACACACACGCACACACACACACAGGAGCUUGGACUCGACCCCUGCAAUCUCAACUAGGUGAGUGCACACACACACACAUACACACACACACACACACACUCGCACACACAAACACACACACACACACACACGUGGUAAUGCUUUAUUUACAGCUAGCAAAGUCAGGGUAUUUCUCCAGAAUGGUCUGUAAUAUACCACUGUGGAUAAAAUACUUAGCCAUUUCUUGAACACUUCUGAGUGAGUUGUUUCUAAAUUCAUUAAUUUUAUCGCACUCCAGUACAUAAUGAUGCAGGGUGUGACAAUAGUCCAUCUGGCAAAGUUUACAUUUCGUUUGGUCUACAUCUGGUGGUGGUAAUUUAACCUGCCAAAGAUACUUGUAACCCAGCCGGAGCCGGGCAGUAGUGACAUCCAAGAGUCUGCUUAUUUUGUUGGAUGCACCAUAGACAUGUGGCUCCUCCUGCAUGAUAGAAUGAUGAUAGAUGGACUCACUGGUGUCAAUCUCCCUGAGCCUUAAGUCCAUAAAAUUCAGUUGAAGUUAGACAGAGAGAAAAAAAUCUAGCUAUCCUCCUCCUUCCUCUUUCUCAUCAUCUUGCAUCCACUUUUUUGUCCUACCUCUUUUGUCUCCCUUAGUCCUCCUCCUAUUUUAACCUCCUUUUCUAUUCUUCCUCCUAUUUUCUCAUCUAUUACCUUUUUGAUACUAUCUUUCCUUCCUCUUGUUUUCUUAUCCUCUUCCUCUCACCACAAAAUUACAGUUCUUAAGUGUUGAAUAAGCACAAGUGUAGUGCUAACUUUGGUAGUAAGAGGAGCUUUUCAUGCUUUGAGGCACAUGAUGUACUGCAUCACUGAUGAAGUGUUCAGUCUUGAGUGGACAGGGACCUAACUCCCAAUAUAAACUACAAAUGUGGUAUUCACAUGGUGCUAUGAAUAUGUGCAGAUAGUAGGGGUUCCAUUGUACAUAUGCAGUACUACUGAAUGAUCAGUUAGAUAAAAAAUUAUGUUUGUACCUAAUCGCUUGUUUGUAUAUAA